AAGCAACAGAAAUAAUGAUAAUGUCCCGACGUAACUUGUCCUUCAAUCGUUGCUCCACCCAUUCUAGGAUCCUAUCCUAAACCUGCCCUAUCAUAUGCGUUUUAAGGAAUCGUCCUAAACCUGUAAUAUCAUAUCCAUUUGUACGUCCUAUUAUCACUGUUGAAUUGAAAACGCAAUAAUAAAAGGACGAGCAACAGAAAUAAUGCCAAAUCUCCUCUUCUUUCUUUUUCCGAGUAGAAGAAAUAGUACGUAGUGCUAUGGAACUCUUUUCAAAAACUGCCGACAACAAUCACAAAUUGCAAAAUGGAGAAAAGGAAGAAGAAGAAAGCCAGCGGCAUUUCUCGUAUGCCAUGCAGCUGGUGACCUCCAUAUCGCUUCCCAUGGUGUUGAUGUUCGCCACCCGGCUCGGCUUGUUUGAUAUCAUAGCUGGAGCCGGUCCCAAAGCGCAACUCUCGCCAUCCCAAAUUGCUUCUCGCUUGUCUAAAUCUUCUCCUACUACGCAUAAAAGUAACCGCGAUGAAUCUAAUCAUUUAAUUACCAACGGUGAUAAAUCUGAUGAUGAUAUUAUCGCGGGGAUGCUUGACCGGAGGAUGCGCCUCCUAGCUAGCCACUCCGUGUUGACGUGUUCCUCCAUUGACGGUGGUGGUGACAGUGGCGGUAGCCAAAGAAUGUAUGGGUUGGCACCGGUGGGGGAGUUCUUUGUAAGGAACAAACAUGGAGUUUCCUUGGGCCCUUUCUUGGAUUUGAUUCAAGACAAAGUUUUCACUGAAAGCUGGUACGAGCUGGAAAAGGCCGUGGUUGAAGGAGGAGUUGCAUUUGACAAGGCGCAUGGUACAUAUUCAUUCGACUAUCCGGUAAGAGAUUCCCGGUUCAAUGAGGUUUUCAACAAGGCAAUGGUAAGUCACACUACAAUUGUGAUGGACAAACUUCUUGAGAGCUACAAAGGUUUCGAGAAUAUCAAAACUUUGGUAGAUGCGGGUGGAGGUCUUGGAGUUACUCUCGAGAUUAUUAGGGCCAAAUACCCCAAUCUGAGGGGUAUUAAUUUCGAUUUGCCGCAUGUUAUACAACAUGCUCCACCCUAUACUGGAGUAGCACAUAUUGCGGGAGACAUGAUUGAAAGAGUUCCUGAUGGGGAUGCUAUUUUCAUGAAGUGGAUACUUCACGAUUGGAGCGAUGAUCAUUGCUUAAAAUUGUUAAGGAAUUGUCACAAAGCGUUGCCAAAAAAUGGAAAAGUGAUUGUUAUGGAUGCAAUUCUUCCUAUGAAUAGUCCUGAUACUAGUUCCGGUACACAAUCAACUUGCCAAUUGGAUAUGAUAAUGUUGGCUCAAAAUCCAGGAGGAAAAGAGAGAAAUGAAGAAGAGUUUCUUGCAUUGGCUUUGGAAGCUGGAUUUCAGGGCAUAAGAUUAGAAUGUUUUGUUUGUAAUUUGUGGGUUAUGGAGUUUUAUAAAUAGGGGAAAAAAAAUCUGUGCUGAACUGCUUAGUUAAUUUGGUUUGUAACUGAACGAAAGUCCAAUUCUUGCAACUGUCUCAUCUCAGUAUAUGUACAUAUACAAAAUGUGUAUAUAAACAGGUAGCCUUGAUGAUAAAAUUGAUUCAAAGACUG